CGUUCUUUACAAACGCUACUAAUUAGAAAAACAACUGAUAACUUACUUAAGUAUCUCUGGUUUUUUAUUUAUUUCUUAAUUUUUUAUCUCUUUUACAAUGAAGUUACUUUUUAACACUAUUCUUUUAAUAACUGCGUUCUUCCUAGAUUCUGUGCUAUGUGCAGUUGCAGGGAACAACGCCUAUAGGGUUACAAAAGAACCUAGUAGAUUCGGCGGAGACACAAUAUCUGUGUUCACUUCUGGCUAUGAAAAUGGGCGCGAGGCUGUCCUUGUAACCAGGAUGGAUGUCAAGGGCCGUAAAAUUUCAGUCGCAAUGGCAUAUAACGCCAGAGACAAAACUCCAAACCGACUACACCUUGACGUUAUGCUGAAGAGCUUAUGGCAGACCGAGGGCGGACAGCUCCACAACCUCGAAUCCAAAGCUGGAACGAAUUGUUUGAAACCCCUUUCGGAAAGGUCGCGAGGAGGAUGGCAAAUGAAGGUGGUAAUCUUGUCAACCAAUUUGAGGUGCUGACUCACACUUGGAAUACCGGUAAGGGAGCAGCGUAUUAUAUUGAUUACCUAACUGUUAGGUUCAGUUAGAUGUUAUCAUCAAGCAGUGCGUUUAGGGGGCAAUUCAUGUAGUUGAAGGUGGCUUGUUUUCUUCUAUCU